CUAUUACCAUUCUAAGCUCUAUUCUAAGAACCCCAAACUGAGCUACUUUACGCCAUUCUUCUGUCAAUUUUGUUCUCUUGUGCAAAAAAAUAUCAAAGGAGAACACGGGUGUGUAGCACACUAUAAUAAAAUCCAAGUUUCCUGUAGAAAGCCACUAUGGACAAAAACCAGCAACCGAAUAAGAAAAAAGAAGUUGAAAAAGUAACCGAUGAAAAAGUUGAAAACAAUGAAGCAACAAAAACCGAAAGUGGCGGCGACGAUGAAAAAACCGUAGCCGUACCCGAUGAUCAAGCAUGGGAAGACAAGGAGUCUCGCAGUCGUCUGAUGUCGGCGCUUUCCAUGAAAUUCGUUGAUGUGUUGUCCGAAUUGAAUUCGACUAACGACGCCUUUAAAAUUCCCAAGGAUAUCCGAACCCUCUAUGGCGGUUACCAGAAGGACGAAGAGGUGAAUGCGCGUGAGAACGCAAACAAAAAGUUCACCUUCUGGUCGACCCAGCCGGUGCCGAAACUGAAUGAGGAGGUGUUCACAAAUGAAUCCAUAGAACCGGAUAAGGACAUUUCAGAAAUCCGCCAAGAACCGUACACCUUGCCAGAAGGAUUCAAAUGGGACACGCUCAAUCUGAACAGCUCCCAGAAUCUUACCGAGUUAUAUACUCUUCUCAAUGAGAACUACGUGGAAGACGAUGAUUCUAUGUUUCGUUUUGAUUAUCAGCCGGAGUUCUUGAAGUGGUCAUUGCAACCGCCUGGCUGGCGUCAGGACUGGCAUGUUGGUGUGAGGGUUGUGAAAUCGAAUCGUUUAGUGGGGUUCAUAUCGGCGAUCCCCAGCAAACUCAGAUGCUAUGAGAAAAUCUUGAAAGUUGUGGAAAUCAAUUUCCUGUGCGUGCACAAGAAAUUGAGAAGUAAACGCGUAGCACCAGUGCUUAUCAGGGAGAUCACGAGACGAGUUAACUUGACUGGUAUCUAUCAGGCAGCCUAUACCGCUGGAGUUGUGCUCCCGAAACCGGUUUCAACAUGCAGAUACUGGCACCGAUCUCUUAAUCCUAAGAAACUUGUCGAUGUUAAAUUUUCACAUCUAGCCAGAAACAUGACAAUGCAACGAACAAUAAAACUCUUCAAACUACCGGAUCAACCAAAGACGCGAGGUUUUCGUCGUAUUCAAAUGAAGGACAUGGAAGGUGCUCGCAAAAUACUCGAUGAGUAUCUCGCUAAAUUCCAAAUAUGUCCGGUAUUCUCACAAGAAGAGUUCGUGCAUUGGUUCUCGCCACGAGAAGGUAUUAUCGAUUGUUUUGUUGUCGAAGCUGAGAAUGGCGAUAUAACCGAUAUGGUGAGCUUCUAUAGCCUGCCAUCCACUGUGAUGCAUCACCCUGUGCACAAGAAUGUGCGAGCAGCUUAUUCAUUCUACAAUGUAUCCACAAAGACUCCCUGGUUGGAGCUCAUGAAUGAUGCCUUAAUUUCAGCUAAAAAUGUCCAAAUGGACGUUUUCAAUGCUUUAGAUCUGAUGGAUAAUAAGAAAUUCUUGUCCCCCUUGAAAUUUGGUACCGGUGAUGGAAACUUGCAAUAUUAUUUAUACAAUUGGAAAUGUCCGACCAUGCGGCCUGAGGAUGUGGCAUUGAUUCUUAUGUAGCGCGGGUACGACAAGCCAUGCCAAUUAAAAAAAAAAUAUUCAAAAAAUAAAUUGAAAAAAAAAAAAUCAUGGGAAUAAUAACACUGAUUAAUUUGGAAAGCCGUUGGGCUAUGCGCACCUGAAGUUUGUGGGUGUUUUUUGUUUCCUUUUUUCUUAUUUUCUUUUUCUUUUAAUGCUGCUGCCUUGUUUUUGUUCCUAUUUGCUAGGAUUCCAUCAUCAUUUAAAUAAAUAGAAAGAAAUUUAAUUAUUGUUUGCAUUUUCUCAGAUAUUUUUUUAUUAUAAUUUUUUCAAAAUAUAUAAGUAGAACUUGGUUGAGAGACCCACAAACUUCGUACUGUGUUUUUUGUAUGAAGGGAAGGAAUUAACUAUAAGAACUCAUUUUUUUCCGUGUUGAUUUUAUAAUUUCGCUCGAGAAAAGUAAUAUUAUUAUGCUAAAGAAUAUAAAUUAAAUAUUUUAUUGCAAUAAAUGAGAAUACUACUUAGAAUUUAAA